GGCCCGGGAUCCAAGCAUGGUGUAGGCCGAAAAUCGACUAGGGUGUGGUCCAUUUCAAUAUUCGUAGAUGUCCCGCAAUCACUGAGACUGUUAAGCGUAGUCCUUAGCUGGUUUCUGCUAUUUCCUUUCCUAUUUCGUCCAACUCGGGAGGACAAUCGUGUUUUGGUCAGCUCAACAACAUCUUCUGUAUAACUAGAAGCAUCUCUUAUUUUUUCCUCCAAAAAUUUGAUUUUUUGAAGAUCAAUUUUACUCUUGCUAGCUUCUUCAACAACAUUUUGAAAAUAUUCGGCAGUUUCAUGAAGGGAUUCUAGCGUUUUAGUAGUUUGACCUUGAACAAGUUCUGGCUGGAAGUCUUUGCUGAAGUUGUUCAAGUGUUUGAAGAAGAGAAAUUACAGCUGUAUAAGCUGCCAUCUACUUCACAAGAUAUCGAUUACUCUUUUUUUUUUUUACUUUAUUGAGGAGACACUAAGACGGGCGUGAUAAUAAGAAACUAAAAAUAAGGAGGUAACACAAAGAUUUUCACGUGAAAUAUCAUAUCCUUCACAAGAUGAAAUGGAUAUCGAUACAGAAAGGUUUGAACUUAGUAUUCACAAGUAUCGCAAUAUAAAAUUUCUCAACUCUGUAACUAUUUUUUCACAAAUUUGAUUCUCACAACUUGUUGUAAAACAUCUUUCAAUUAAUUUCCAAACCUUUUCUUAGUGUUCAUGACUAAAUUAUUUGAGUCAAUCAGAAAAAGGAAAGACAAAGUCAGAGGAGUAGGUGUAAUGUAAUAAUCCUUCAAUCCAUUUUACAUUUGAUUAGUGUUUUGCUUUUAUAUAUUUCCUUUCUUCUGUUGGACACUUUCUUCACAUAAUUUAAAAGCAAUCGGCUCUGAUUGGAAUAAUGCUCCAAUCAGAGAAGAUCAACAAAUUGGUGCCUUUUAGAAUAAGAAAAACCUGUCCAGAAGAAAGGGAAUAUAUCUUAAAGAAAACAUUAAUCAAAUGUAAAUGGAUGAAAGAGUUAUUGUAUCACACCUACUAGUCUGACUUUGUGUUUGUUAAUUAAAUCAAAUGAUUUAGUCAUUUAACACUAAGAUAAGCUUUGGAAAUUAAUUAGAAGGUGUUGUACAAUUUUCUGAUACUUGCAUCUAAGUACUAAGUUCACAUAUCUCGCUAUAUCGAUAUCCUUUUGAUCUUGUGUGAAGCGUAUUUCACGUGAAAAUCUUUGUGUUACCUCUUUCGAUAUCAUCUUAUUAGGUGAUGGCAGCUUACGCAGCUGUAAUUUCUCUUCUUCAAACACUUGAGCAGUUUCAGGAGAGACACCGCGUACUCAUUCAAGGUCAAACUGCUAAAACACUAGAAUCCCUUCAUAAUACUGCUGAAAAUUUUCGAAAUUUUCUCGAUGAUUCUAGCAGGAGUAGAUUUGAUCCUGAAAAGAUAAAAUUUUUCGAGGAAAUAAUUAUAUCUGCUGCUAGCGAUGCAGAAGAUGCUAUUGAGAUGUGCUGGACAUGUGAAAAUGCAUCUGAAAGUUCACUAAACAAGAAUAUACGAAGGAAUUUGGGACCGGUUGUUGAAAGGAUAAAUACAAUAAAGAAUGAAGUGAUGGAGAUUGUUUCUGAUUUUAGCACAAGUAGUCGUAAUGAUCAUCGAUUUCUUGAAUCUGUGGGGGAUUUCUUGAUUGACAGUACUUCUUCUAGAAGUAACCAGAUGCUGCAACAUUUGGAAGGCGAUAUCGUGCAAGGACUUGAUGAGGACUUGGAGAUAAUAGUUAGAAGAUUGACAGAGCCGUUGUCCAAACUAGACAUCGUCACAAUAUCAGGCAUGGGUGGCAUAGGCAAAACAACACUUGCUAGAAAAGCUCAUGACCAUCUGGAAAUCAGGUGUCAUUUUGACAUUCGUGUUUGGGUUACAAUAUCUCAAGUAUAUGGAAGUAGAUAUGUGUUGCUAGAAGCUUUACAUUGCAUUUCAAAGCAAAAAAAUAUUGACAUCGAAAAAGAUUAUGAAAAGAAGGAUGAUAAUGAGUUAGCCGAUCUUGUGCAGAAAAUACUAAAGGGUGGGAGAUACCUUGUUGUAGUUGAUGAUAUUUGGAGUACGGAUGUUUGGGAUAGCGUAAGAGUAAUAUUUCCUAAUUGCAACAAUAGGAGUCGAAUCUUAUUGACCACCAGAGUAACAAAGGUUGCAAUAUAUGCAAAUCCUAUUAACCGUCAUGAGAUGAACCCCUUGAAUUUAGAAAACAGUUGGAAGUUACUUCGCGAUAAGGUGCUUGGAUCAGACUAUGAUCAUCCUCCUGAGUUGGAAGAAAUCGGAAAACAAAUAGCAGAAAAAUGCCUAGGACUACCUUUGAUGAUUUCAGUGAUUGCGGGCCACCUCUCUAAAGUGGCCAGGACGUUAGGAAGUUGGAUGGAUGUUUCCCGAACCAUGGGUGAAAUCAUUGCUAGUCAUCCAGAUAAAUGCUUAGGAGUGCUCGGUUUGAGUUACCACAACUUGCCUAAUUACCUCAAACCGUGCUUUCUUUCUAUGGGUAGUUUCCCGGAGGAUUAUCAGGUUGAGACUUGGAGAUUGAUUCAAUUAUGGAUCGCUGAAGGUUUUAUAAGGAGGCCUGGAAGUUAUACAAGCUUGGAGGAAGUGGCGGAAGAUUAUUUGGAGGAUCUAAUCAGCAGGAACUUGAUAAUCGUUAACAAAAGGAGAUUCAACAGUGAGAUAAAAGUAUGUGGAAUGCACGAUCUACUGCGCGAAUUCUGUUUGAUUGAAGUUGAAAUGACAAAGUUUAUGCAUGUUGAGAGAACCGAUGAUGUAGUCCGUACUCUUUCAACACAAAAGUACAAUGGUCGUCGCUUCAGUUUCCAGAUUAACAGUUAUUCAGAUGAUAGGCGUAUCAAGUUAUUACCCUCGGUUGCCAGGUCUAUCUACUUAUUUUCUAAAACUCAUAAUUUUAUAGGUCUUGAAGUUUUCUGCGGUUUCCACCUUCUCAAGGUAUUGGCCAUUUUCGAUGAAUAUGAAAAUUUCUAUUCUAUUCCACCUGUAAUUACAAAGUUAUUUCAUCUGAGAUAUCUACAAUUUCGCUCUAAUAGAAAGCUUCCUGCAUCAAUCUCAGAGCUUCAGAAUCUGCAAACUCUAAUUUAUGAGAGACGGUAUGGUAGUACAACUUUACCAGAGAAGAUAUGGACGAUGAAGAACUUGAGGCAUAUACAUAUAAGGCUCGCCUGUUAUUUACCAAGUCCGAGAAGAAAAAGUAUCUUAAAUAAGCAUCUUGUAAUCGGGAUGCCAAAUUUAGUAGAACUUUCUAAUCUCAAUUUCACCAGUUGUACAAAUGAAUUACUUCCUAGCAUUCCCAAUCUAAGAAGAUUGAUCGUCCAUCAUAAUGACUUAGGUAAAAAGAGAUGGGUCAAUCGCCCCAUUGAUAUGUCCAGCUUGACAAAACUCGAAGCCUUGAAGUGUGUCAGUUAUUUUGCCCUUUUGUCUUGGCCACCUCCGAUCUCCAUCAAGGUGUCUUUUUUCCCGGCAUCACUUAAGAGGUUGACUUUGGCUGGCUGGUUUGGUUUUCCUUGGGAAGAUAUUUCAACUCUUGUCAAGUUGCCAAAUCUUGAAGAGCUCAAACUUAAAGAUCGUGUUGCCGCGGGAGAUGUAUGGAGAUUGCGUGAUGAUGACAUAUUCGAAAGCCUAAAGUUUUUGUUAUUUCGCAAAGUACUUCUUGCAAAUUGGGUAGCGAGCAGUGAUAACUUCCCAAGUCUAAAACGCCUUGUUCUGAAGAAAUGCAACAAGCUUAAGGAAAUUCCAAUAGAUUUCGCAGAAAUUUGUACUUUGGAGUCGAUUGAAUUACAUAAUUGCAGCACUUCUGCUGAGGAUUCUGCAAGAAAGAUUGAACAAGAACGGGAGGACAUGGGAAACAAUUGCGUUAAACUCUACAUCCAUACAUAACACUCAAUGAUCCUUUGUGAGCUUAAUAUGAUGAUAUAUGGAUGAUAUAAAGGAUGAAAAAUCAUUGGAAAGACACCACAAGAUAAGGGAUGAAAGGAGGAAGGACCAAAACUUAACCAAAAUUCGGAGAACAACUUCCAGUGGAACCAUGCGAUUAGCAUGCGUCGCAUGCUCUAUUCCUAUGGAAUAAAGGGUGUGUCGCAUGCUCCAUUCCAUAGGAAUAGAGGGUGUGACACAUGCUCUACUCCACCCCUGGGCGUUUUAUGCUAAAUCGACUCCAACACGGACUUAGCUUACCCUUAUGCUAUAAAUACAUGUUGUUUCACGUUUUUACCUAUCUUUUGACAUAUUUUGGAGAUCAAGGGGCUGCUACAACUUCAUAAUUAGGUUUUUAUUAUUUUUAU